AUGGCUGACGUGGCAGUUGUAGCAGAAGGAAAAGAAGGUGGAAGGGAAGUGUCCACAGAAAAUGCAGCAGCGGAAGGAUCAGAAGGAGCCGGAGGUGGAGGGGGAAGAGGAGCGGGAGGAGGGUCGGAAUGUGGUGGACGAGAAGGAAAGGCCGAAGGGGACGUUGCUACAUUGCAAAAUAAAUCCAAUCCGGGUGCUGCUCCUGAUUCGCUUUCAGGCGCUGACGUGGCACGGUCGGUCAUUUCCUCACCCCAGGUCGACCCCCGAGCCAGAGCCCGCUUCCUCCGCCUCUUCCGCUUCCACCACUGGCUCUCCAGCCAAUCACAGAGCUUGGGCGAAUCCUCUGUGCUGACAGAGCAAUCCAGCCAACCGUCCAGAGACCCUCAAUCACGACUGCAGCUGCAGCAGUCAGCUCUUGAGGCGCCUCACAUAUCGCCUUCAGAUCCUAGUUCAUGCCAGCAACCAGCAGCGGGACUGUCACUUUAUGCACCUGUUGCUCCUGAAGGCAUGUCAGAGCUUGUGAUUGUAACGAAACAGCCUCAGGCUUCAGCUCUCAUGCCUUCGUUUGAGCAAUUCUCCCAUGGUGCCUAUGCAUCCCCAUCACCUACGCAGUCCAGCACACCAAGUGCAGGAAUAGCAUACAUUCCUUAUAACGGAGCGCUGCCCUCUCCAGUUGCCUAUAGCGGAUCAUUUCGCAUCCCACCCAGUGCCCUGCUUCCUUAUGCCCGUGGAGGGCCGUUGAUAUCCUCCCCUACCAUAUAUACUUCCUCUCCUCCUCCUGGUGUUACCGUUGGUAACCUCUCUGCAUCUGCCUCGACUCCCGGCGCUGUCUCUGCCGUUUCUUCUGCUACUCCUUGUGCAUCAUCCUAUGAUGCUUCCUCUGGAAGAGACUCGCUUAAAGAGUUACUGAAUCAGGGCAAGAUGCGCAGGCAAGAUGCGUUGGACUUGCUUCGGAUGUACCAUGAAGCUGCGGCAGCUCCUGGCCCAUGGGAGAAUGAGCCCUUGCCUCCAGAACUGAGUGUUUUAGGUGCUGAGAGUGAUAGAGGGGAUGUUGUCGGUGUUGAUUCGGAUGAUGGGAGUGGUGGGGUGUUGGAGCAGGAGAAGGCGGUGGAGAAUAAGGAGGGGAAGAGAGAUGCAUUAGUGGGCACAGCAAGUAGGGACGAGAGUCGGGACAAGGAAGAGGAGGAUAAGGGGGGGAACGCGGUCAGGGAGGUAAAGCAGGAGGUGAACGAUGAGGAUGGGCAGGAAAUUGCGGACGAUUGGUCAGAUGGGGCGUUGGAGGAGGAACUGCAGGAGCUUCAGCUUGUGGCUGAUCUACACUACCUACUCCAGCAGCAGCAGCAGCAUGCAGGCAGCGAAAACAGGGCCAGCUAUGACAACGGCAACGAGCUUCUGGUCACUGUUUCAGAGACAGCUUCUGUGGGUGGGGGAUAUGGGAAGGUGGGUUUUCAGGAGCCGCUACGGCCAGCAUUCUAUGAUGCGGCAGAGGAUGGAGAGGGUGGAUAUACGGAGCAGUUCGCUCAACUGAGGGUACAUGCCGCUGCCAGCGUUGGGCGUGCUGCCAGUGUUGCCAGUGCUGCCACCUCUGCUCGUGCUGGCCGUGUCGCUAGUGCUGCUCGUACAACCAGCGUUGCUCGCGUUGGCAGCGGCGCUGCCAGUGCUGCCAGAUUGCGGCCUGUGCUGCCCGCGGCAGCAGAGGAUGGCGCUGGGUCUACAGAACAGCCUGUUCCAUUACAGAAUCAUUCUUCUAGUGGUGCUGCCAGUGCUGUCACUUCUUCUACUGCUGCCAGCGCUUCCAAUGCUGCCAGCGCUGUCAGCGCGAAAUCCGGUAACCGCAAGUUGACGGUUUUUCACGGGCUUCGCGCGCCGGCAAUCACCGUGGAAAAGUACCUGGAGCGGAUAUUUAAGUACGCCAACUGCAGUCCGGCGUGCUUUGUCGUGGCGUAUGCGUACAUCGACCGUAUCUUGCAAGAGCAUGACGACAUGGUGAUCACGUCGCUGAAUGUGCAUCGCCUGCUCAUCACCUGCAUCAUGGUCGCCGCGAAGUUUCUCGAUGACUCGUACUUCAAUAACGCGUACUACGCCAAGGUCGGAGGCGUUACUACAGCCGAGAUGAACCGUUUGGAGAUGGAGCUUCUAUUUCGCAUGGACUUCCGUUUGAACAUUACAACGGACGUCUUUUACGCGUACUGCAAGCGGCUUGAAGCGGAGAUUUGGAAUUCGCGCCCACCUUUCGAGGCCACGUUGGACGUCAACUCGUUAUCCAUGCUGAAGCCGCCCGGCCACCUGGCACGCGUGCAGCCUUGCCACGUGGAGGUGCAAAAAGGCGUUCGGACACCCCCGCGAGAGGUGGAAUCGUACCGGUAUCCGUCAAUGCGGGCGAGAACGCUCGUGAACGGGUCUCCUUGA